GGAUACCGGACACGAUGCAAGUGGAGGUUUUUUGCGCUGCUCCACAAAGAGCAUCACCUGUCGCCGUCGACGCAAUAUUAUCUUCGCCUUUGACCGCCGUAGGUUCGACGCGACGCGGUCAUGAUCAGAUCUUGGUUCUCGCCUCGCGUUCGACCUCGCCCCGCACUUUACGUUGCUCCUCCUGAGUACGCCAGGGUUUUCGUCUCAAGAGCUCAGAUCGAUGUCUCGCGUUCCUACAGAGUCGCACACCUAUCUGUGCAGAGCGGGCCGUUGUUGCGUGGUUUGGUAUCUGUAACUGCUUCGGUGUUUUUCUCAUCGCAUUACCGUGGUGUGGAACUCGAACAAGGCAUGCUAUUGAUGUUGGAGUUUGAAGCAGACUGUGGUCGCCGUCCGCUCGACUUCUACAUGUGGAUGUGGUUUCACUAAGCAGAGCGAGUGCAACACAAAUCGGUGGACAUGAUUUGCUUCAACGUUGACAUGUAUGUUGAACUUUAGAUGACGUCCUCCAGUUCAACAUUAUUGGGGCGUUGUUAAGCGAUCACCUCACGAUGUGCUUGUGCUUGUGUUUGCUUGGAUUAUCACCCACCUGGAGUUGACUAGAAAGCGGUGUGCACUUUUUAACCUCCUCUAACCCUGACUUUCAACUUCGUUGUCUUCGAUACACUGACUAAUUUAGUGGUCAAUGGAUAUGUUGUGUAAUUUACGUUGCAUUAAUAAUCAAUUUAGUUGUCUGUAAUUUACCGAUGAGAAGAAUAUAAUACCACAGAAAUCCUAUCGAAUUUCUUGCUAGUCGCUCAUGGUUAGAGUUGUGCUAUGAAUAUUUUAUUCCUUGCCUCUGGUGUGAAUGAAUCAUGAAUUAAGCGGCCGUGUAGAAUUGGAUCAUACUGCACAAGUGAAACACUGUACUGAGAUGGUACUCUCAGCUGGUAAGUAGGGUCCGUUCUGUAUCUUCUACUAACGGUCCCUUGUUAUGGAGAAUUCUGGAUGUUUUGGAAAAAUCUUAAGAUAAUUGCUUCGAUGACUCCACUUGUGCUUAUUGCUGUAUUACAGAAUGUCGUAGUGAAUCCAGUAGAGUGCCACUCCUUAUUCUUCUCCAACUACUUCUUCGCUAUUGCACCACUAACCUGAAAGUAACACUUCAUUCAGCGUCCUUUAGCUCCACUAUGCAAGUGAAGUCUUAGCAAGUCAUGAAGCUUUGAUAUGCUUCGUUGCUUGACGCGGAUGAAUUUGGACAGAAUCCUGAUAGCUGACAUGCUGGAUAGCUCGGUGGAUGUGGCUACCGAGUUGGAUGUGCAAUACAGUGUUUCUGCACCUCAUAUAGCAAAAAAGAAUGCGAGAAGAGCUGCAUUCAAUUACAUGACGUUGAACUAAUUCAGGCGCACAGGUUGGUGUAGCAUUUUGAAGCAUAUCUGAAGAGGUGAGUUAUUUGUUUGUGUGUACAUUUUACUAUUCGAACGAUGUUGUCUGGCACACAUAAAUGGUUUUGAAGCAGUGCUUAUUUUUGAAUCCUUACUUUCAACGUAUUGAUUGAAUAACUCGAGAUCAUCUAAUUCGCACCAUGUCUUUACCCCAACAAUCAUUUUGAUCAAGAUUUUACCGACGCGAAUCCAGAAUAUAUUUCUUUUUCUUUGCAGUUGUAUGGAUUUCGUAAAGCUUAAGCUGUUUUUCUUAGAUGACAUUUCUUGAUGAGAUCAGUUUUUAAGUGCGUGUGUCCAUUUUUCUGGUCAAAAUGUGCAGUUAGGUCUUUGAUGGUAAGUAUAGUUUCUCUAUACUAUUGGGUAAGACGUUGGAUACGGGAAAAUGACAGUAUAUCGCAAUCGUUUCUUGCCGUGGACGCAGCGUUUUUGUUGGAAGUAAACGGAAUUUAACAGUGAAUUUCUGUUUUGCUAUGAUGCCCACAACCUAUUGUGAACUAUGUAAUGUGAUGAAUGAUUGAUCAAAUGAUUGUUGGGGUAUGUAGACCAUUCACCUCCCUAGCCGAUUAAUGGACUAUGCUAGUGCUGCACAUAAUAUUUUUAUCGCAUUGGCAUGUGAUGUCAUUUCUAUGCUUUUGCAUUUACAACAUUACUGAGUAUUAACAUCUACUGGUUUGUGUUUAGACCUUAAACUCUGAAAUUAUAUUCUUAUGCCCCUAAUUACCUCUGAUGUAACAUACUGACAAACCUCUUCGGAACAUGCACCACACCUGCUGCUGCUGAUGUUAUGUUUUAAGGCAAACUUUAAUACCCGUUAUUGGAUUAAUGGUGAGUAGUUUGAAUUCAAUGAAAUAGACCAUGAUAAUGUAAAUGAACCGUGUUUUCAUUAUGUUAUUUGAAUCAUGGUGAGAAAAACUACUUACUAAACCAAAAUAGUUGACACUUUCAAGUCACUCUAGCUGGAUUUCAAGUCAAUUCAGGCCAACUGAACUUAUUGCAUUGUUACAUAUUAGAAUUGUAGUAAUGAUAUGAACCUCUUCUAUAGUUUGUUUGUGCUGAAGUCUGCCGCAGCUGUCGGAGAUUAUCAUAGGCUUUGGUCUUGCUGCUAUCACUUACGUCUCUACUGGGAAGGUAAUCUGGGAAUUUAGGUUACUCUCUUAUUGAAGUAUGGUUCCUAGCAUGUAGCAGCCGCUACUGAAUAUUCAUGUACACUAAACAUACACAUGAAGUUAUGCAACAACACUGGCUCACUAAGGAAGUGUCUGAGUGGUGCAAGACUGACUUGUUUCCACACUAGGUUGAUGAAUUUCAAUA